GUGAACUUCAAAAGUGAUCUGACUGCCGACCGUCGUCGAUGGUGAAGACCAGACCAAACAGUUUGAAGAAGGAUAAUUGUAGUAGCUCCAACUGUGGUACACAUGCUACGGUAGCAAUUGUUCUUCGUUUGAUUUUCUUCGACUGCUGAAUCCGUUUAGGUUUUGAUUGUUGCCUUGGAUUGGAUUUCUUCAUCACACAGGCCAUAGAUCGAUUGCUUUAACGCUGGUAUCCGCAUGCGCUCAGAUCUCUCGGUGCAGUGGUCGUACCCGUUGAUUACAGGAGUGAGGAUUUAAAUAGAGAAAGUGCGUGUACGAGUGAGAGUGAAAGACAACGAUAUCCCGUUGGGGAAAAAGACGGGAACGAGAAAUACAUCACGUGCAUGGAUGACUUUUCAUUGAUAUACGAAUAUACACCAGCAACCGAGAAUUGGUACCCUAGAUAGGGAGAUCAAUGAAGCAAUGACAGAUACAGCUGCAAGAAGGAUGGAUCAACCUCACGAUCAGAUCCCUUCGUUGCGACAACGCCCGGGUAGUAUUCAGCAGAGUCAUCGCAACGACGAAAAAAACCAUGGCAGCAACGCCAACAACCCAAAAAAACAGCAUCGGCGGACCAAAAGCUGGAAUCAACGAAUGCGAUGGAAGAAGGAGCAGCGUUCGUCCGAGCACCAAAACAACAACGUGACGCAGAGCGGUACACAGGUGUUCUUGCCCCGCAUGAUCCUUCGGAACAAACCCUACUGCCAAUCCAAUAACCAGUGCCAGGUUAUCAACGACAACCUCCACGGAGGCCCCAGAUAUUCUUAUUCUUCCACUGGCCUUUACAGGUUGCUGCUCAGCGAUUGGUUCCAUGUAUUGUUGAGAAUACCGAUGCAAUACUCUAUUCUCAUGUUGUUGGCUGCGUGGUUGGGAUCGAUUUUGGUCUUUGCCUUGGUGUAUAGGAAGAUCGAUACGAUCUACGAGAACUCGGACUGUGGUUUGGGUGAGCCACCCGAACACAUCACCUUUGCGGCAGCCUUUGCCUUCUCCCUCGAGACCUGUACCACUGUUGGAUGUAAGUAACGUAUCGCAAUGCCAUGGUAGAAAGAGAACAUUUAUAUAGGCGCACUUUUUUUGGAGUUUACUCUGUCCCUCCACGCACGAUAUUGGAGUGCUAGAUUCACCCACUAGAUCACGAUGGUGUAUAAGGUACUCGCUCACUUUUCGGUGUACUACUCAAUCAUUUGCGAUUUUUGAAUGGAUUACACAAUUCAAUACUAUGCAAAAUACGCAGACGGAUUACCUGGAAACUCCAAUGCUUUUUUCGAAUCCAACUGCAACGGGGUCCAGGCGGGUAUCUUUUUUCAGAUGUUGUGGAGCAUGCUUUUCAAUGCAUUUUUGUUUGCCUUUUUCUAUUCGCAACUCUCGAAGAGCGAGUCCCGUUCCAUCCAGCUGGUAUUUUCAGAUAAGCUUUGCAUCAAUAUCUCGAACCACAGGGUCUUUGCCACGGUCCAGUGCUACGAUAUGGACUCGGCGUUUCCAGUGGUAGAGGCCCACGCCCGAAUGUACCUCUUGGAUCACAAGCUACAGAUGAAGCCGUUGCGACUUACAAAACCAGAUGACAACCUGGGAGCAAUGCUUUACCCUUCUAUUCCCCAAAAAAUUACUCAUCACAUUGACCACCACAGUGCGUUGGCGCCAACCCGGGCAGAUUUGAUGCCGCUACUGACCUGUUCAAAAUCCAGCAGCUUGAUUCCUCUGCGCAGUUUUGACUCCAUCACAGGAGACCGCCCUGAAGUGAUAUGUCCGGUUUGCGGGGAGGCCUUUGGAACAUACGAGCGAUUGGAAGCUCACGUACGGUAUGAGAGAAUGGUGGAGAGGCAGGAAAACUAUCCAGUCAAAGAUUCUCACUUGGGAUUCGAAAUGCCUGAUACUAGUCCGCUAACGCUUCAAGAAGUCACGGACCACAUCGAACAGACCAUGAGCGAAAUUGUUGUGGUUGUUGAGGGAAUCGAUCCGCAAUUGUCAGGAACCUUUCAGGCGAUCCAAUCCUACAAGUACGAGGAUCUUGUGUUUGGUGCUGACCACGAACGAUGUACGUCUGUUACGCCUGAUAACAAGAUUGCGGUUGAUAUGAGAAAAUUUCAUCGGGUUCGAUACAAUCACAAGAAUAGCGGCAUCAACAAAAGCACUAACAGCAUUCGAUUUAUCGACGAUGAGCGUUCCAAGCAGAGGCGUAAUUUAUCACCCUCCCCCUUCUCUUCCGAGACUGACAGCAACGGUGAUCCGCUGGCAAUUCCCUUUGAAUCAAGUACCUACAGCAGUUACGAAGAAUCCAUGAUGUCCCCAACGACUUCUUUUGAUCAACGCUCGGUACACGCGAUGUUGGCAGCAAAUGGAUACCCACACCGACACUAUCCAAGCUUAGCAGUUGGGAAUGGGACUGUCGGGGAGAAUUCAGGUGGGAAGACGCAAUCGCAAAACAAUAAUAAAACUCUAACCGAAGAAGAUGGUGUGAUUCCAGUGCAAUUAAAUGGAGGGCCGGAAGGAUACAUUCCAGAAAGUGCAAUCGAGGACGACGCUAUGAAUGUGUGAUGAUUUCUGACAACAGAACUUUGAACAAUCAACCUUAAAAAAAUCUUUGCGAAUACGAUUCCUGAACCGCGUUUUCUCUACUGCUACUAUGAUGCUAGUGUUUUAUUCUUCUUGGAACGAUUCUUUUCACACUCAGCCGUAACAACAAGUAUGAAAUCCCUCAGUAAUUAAUACAAAAAUAUUAGUUUA